GUAUCAAGAAAGACCCGAGCUUUACCGAUCAAAAAAAAGAAAGACCCGAGCUUAGAGAGAGAGAGCGACUCCAUAUACAUUUUAGAGAGAGAAAAAAGUGGGGCGGUUGACUAAUUUUACGUGGUUUAGUGGCUGAUAACGGGAUCCUCUUUUCACUCCGACCCAUUUUCCGACGAGAUAGAAUGUGCACGCCAUAGCCACACUCGCCAGCUUUCUCUUCUCUCUCUCUCUCUCUACAAAGCUCAUUCAUGCUGUGCCCUGUUUUAAAACGUGAAAAGGAAGGACUUUUUGGAUUCUAUUGUGGGUUCUUAAAAAGGGAGGAAGGUUUAAGCAAAGUGUUUCAUCCGAAUUCCGAACAAGACAGCGCCAUGAAAGAAGAUCUAAAUUCUACGAUUGGCGAUUCUAAGUUAACGUUUGAGGUAAAUGGUAACUAUGAAAGUUGGAACUCGAAAUUAACGGACGAAUUCCCCACGGACAAUCAAAACGAACCCCGAAAUUCUACCGUAAACGAAUAUCAAAAGGGACCAUUUUACCUUCCUAGCUGCCCGAAUGAGGAUGCUGAGUCAUCAUCAUCUUCAUGUUCUAACGAAAAUCUGACGUCAUCAGAAGAUUCCCCGAUUUCCAAUCAAAAUGAAGUCAAAGAUUCUGUUUUGACCGAACCCGACACUUUUAUCGACAAAAAGGUAUUGGAGACCAAUUUUCACGCCGUGAAGGACAUUUGCGUCGAUGAAGGGGUGAAAAAAUCGAGCAAAGUUGGUGAAAAAAACCCUUUUGAGUCCACAAAAGAAGCUAACAAUGGCAUGGAAAUUUUUUCAUCACAUGAAUCAGCAAAUUCAUCAUCGCUGGAUUGUACGGAUGAGAUCACUGGUGACGAGCUCGGGAGGGCAAAACUGUCAUCAGAAAGUUAUCCUGCCAAUGAUUUAACGAGUAGUGUUGGAACUGACAAGACAGUGAGUGAUUGUUUAGACGGUGAAGGCAAUAAAGCCGAACGACUAUUGCCAGAUCAGGUGGUGGCUCGAGAGAGAGACGCUCAAACGAACUCAUUGUCCUAUAACAAUAAAGUCGAAAGCAAAAUCAUUACUUUCGAUUUUGACCCUAAAUUACCAGGGACAGCUGGUGAAUCGAACGGCAAAUCGAGAAAUGCUAUAAUACACGAAGAUGGAAAUUUUCGAGGUUUUGGGUCGAGUGUUGCAAAGGUUAAUGAUAGUGAACCGGUUUUGGAUCGAGGAAAAUACGAACACGAUGAGUCGAGCUUUGCUAAUGCCGAUUUUGCCCCUCACUCAGGGCCGAUACCGUUUUCCGGGAGCGUCUCAUUUCGGUCGGACGGGAGUGCAGCGAGUGAAAGAUCUUUUGCUUUCCCAAUAUUACAAUCUGAAUGGAACAGUAGCCCGGUUAGAAUGACGAAAGCAGACAGGAGACAUUUACGAAAGCACAAGUUUUGGCGGCCGAGCCUUCUCUGCUUUCUCUUGAUUAUGUUGCCAACUUGUGCUUCUGAUCAAGUUGCUGUGCAAAUAUCUAUUGGACAACAUGGUGAUUCUGCAGUUGAAAAUGCAAAAUCUACUAAGACUUUGCUGCCAAGGAAACUCAAAGUCCAACAAGAUACAAGUUUAAACGACAAAGAUAAUAUCGUGCCAGGCAAGAAGUUGAUGGAAGCUUCUUCAGAAAACAAGUUAGAAGCUGAAAAUGAAGAAAAAGUGGUGCAUAAAUAUGAAGCAACAUCAAAAGGAGAAUGGGUUGAUGGCCCUAACAAAUCAGAAUAUUACACUAUGGAUUAUAAUUGGCUUAAAAGGAGGCGCCCCAUACACAACAAGCACAUCCCUCUAGAUCAUUCUAUUCCUUAG